GCAAGGCGAUCAUCGAACGGAUUGCCCACCAGUACGACGACCUGCAACAUCUUGAGCGAUGCACGCGCGUCUUCCUUGGCGGGGGCCUGCAGGGUGUGCGGGGAGACGCGGCCUUACUGGAGAACCUUCCGGACUGCCAUAAUUCGGAGAUCCGGGUGGCGAAGCACGCUGCCAUCGCGCCUGGGAGAGGGCGCCGUUAUCAAGAGCACGUCUCCAUUGCGCGCACCGACCCGAGGUUUCACGGCAAACCGUACUACAGCAACGUCGCCAUCCUUGCUGCAGAUGGCAGCGAAUGGUACGCCAGUGUUAGGUUAUUCUUUUCGCUCGUAGACCAGCGGGGUCGCACACGCAAUCUGGCUUUUGUGAGAUAUCUGGAGGAGCACAGGGUGCCGGACGCCACUACAUGCAAGCGGCUGAGUUGGGCGAAAUACGUACAUAGAGGCCAGCAAGUCAACAGGUGGUAUGACGUUGUUGAGUUGAAGAGCAUCUUAAGAAUAGUCUACUUGGUAAAGGACUGGAAUCGCGAGGGGGGCUUCUAUUUAAACAGGUUCAAAUGGACUGUAGAAAAAAGGUAUAUAGGAAACAAGCUCUGA